AUGGCCCGAGCUGUCGAUGCAAACGGACGUGGUUACGUGAUGCAGCCCGACGGCUCUGUGCAGUGCGACGACUCCAACGUCGCCUCGCAGCUUCCGCCGCCGCCCGUGCUGCCCAGACUGCGCGCGCCUCCGGCCUGCGGCACUAGCCACUGCAUAGGCAUUGCACGCGACCUCGCCGUGGUUGUCUCGUGGGCGACAUCGCCCGACGGCAACCGGUUUGGCCAGCUUGGCUGCGGCACCGUCGAUCGGAGAUGCAACACCUAUGAGAUGAGAAGCGUGGCGCUGCCGACGGCUUCGGGCCGCAUCGUGGCGGCCGCGGUAGGCGACGCGCACUCGGCCUUCGUCAGCGACCAGGGUGAGCUGCUCGUGUGCGGCUCGGACCGAUGGCUGCAGCUGGGCCAAGACCUGCUGUGGGCCAAGGGUGCCGUGUGGCAGCGGUCGCCGCAGCCGGUGCGCAAGCUGCUCGGCACGAAGGUGGUCGGCGUGGCGUGCGGCGCGGACCACACAAUCGCACUCGACGAGGCGCGCACUGUGUGGGCCUUUGGGCGCGGGGAGCACGGACAGCUCUUCGGCGACGCACGUCGGCCCUUCACGAGCGCGCCGGCCGUGUCGGCGCCGCUGACGGGGAAGGAGCCGUCAGCGUCCUCCGUGUUUGCACGCGGCAACUGCUCCUGCGUCGUCGGCGAGGCUGGUGAGCUGCUGAAGUGCAUAGGAAGGUGUGAGGGGUUAGGAUUGAGGAGACCGAGUAAGAAGUAA